AUGCUUUCUAAACUUAAAUUUAAACAUUCUUCUACUUCAAAUGAAGCGACAGUACAAUCACCUUCAUCAUCUAUAGAUUCAACCCAAGAAUCUUUAGCAACAACAUUAGUAGAAGAAAAGGUAUUACUUACUACUACUGCUGAGAAAAUAUAUAUACCAUUUUCACAACCAUCUUCAACUCAUUCUCAUAUUCCUAAGGAACAAGAAUUAACUGAGGAACAACAAAUAAAAUAUAAAACAGUAUUAACUCAUUUUCAACAACAAUCUUUAGCAAUUGCAAUUACAGAAGAAUCUCAAAAACAUAAACAUAAUUUACAAGAUUUUAAACCGUUAACAGAAGCGGAAAAAUCAUGGCUUACAAGAGAAUGUUUUUUAAGAUAUUUACGCGCUACUAAAUGGCAUGAACAAGAAGCUAUCGAAAGAAUUGAAUUAACUUUAGCUUGGAGAAGAGAAUUUGGUAUUGAUAAGGCAUUUGAAAUUGAUAAUAUUGUCAAUUCUAAUUUAUGUUCUCCUGAAAAUGAAACUGGUAAAGAAGUUAUAUUAGGUUAUGAUAAUGAUUCAAGACCUUGUCUUUAUUUAAAACCAGGUAGACAAAAUACAAAGACAUCGCAAAGACAAGUACAACAUUUAGUUUAUAUGUUAGAAAGGGUGAUCGAUUAUAUGCCAUCUGGUCAAGAUUCAUUAGCUUUAUUGAUUGAUUUUAAAGCACAUCCAAUUGGAACUCAAGGUGGUAAAAUACCACCAAUUGGUAUUGGUAGACAAGUUUUACAUAUUUUACAAACUCAUUAUCCAGAAAGAUUAGGUAAAGCUUUAUUAACUAAUAUUCCUUGGUUAGGUUGGACUUUUUUAAAAUUAAUCCAUCCAUUUAUUGAUCCUUUAACAAGAGAAAAAUUGGUAUUUGAUCAACCAUUUGUAGAUUAUGUCCCUAGAGAACAAUUAGAUAUGGAUUUUAAGGGGGAUGUUAAUUUUGAAUAUGAUCAUGAUAAAUAUUGGAAUAAAAUGGUCCAAAUUGCUGAUGAAAAGAAACAUAAAUAUUAUGAAAGAUUUGAAUUGUUUGGUAAAAAGAUUGGUCUUUCUGAAGUUGAUUUAAGAGGUGAACAUGAUGAGUUGAAAUAUCCUGUAGAUUAG